AUGAUCGAAACCACUACGAAAACUGUUAAUGCUAAAAACGAUUUAUCACCAGAAAAAGAGCAAGAGAUAGCCCAGAAAAUCUUGGAAAGGGCAGAGCUAGCCCAAAUGACAAGACAAUUGAAGUUUGGGCUUAGCAGAGUCGCCACUCCCAAGAGCAAUAGAGUUACGCGUUCUCCUCAGUCUAGAAGAAAGAUGUCAGUGGGGGCUGGUUCCACUUCUCACGAGCAUAUCGUAACAAAAUUUUCUCCUUUGAAAAAGGGAUUACCAUUUGCUCAGGGGAUAAGAAACUCUACUUCUAAUACUUCUUUAUCACAUGCUCUUGAAAACUCUAAUCCAAAUGAGAAUUCUAAAAAUAGAUUUCACAGGAUAUCCUUCUCAGAAGCUAACAUAAAUCUAAUCGAUGCUCAAACACAACAACCGCAAGUUCUUCAACCAACUACUCAUGUUACGAGCUUGAGAAAAGAGGUGAAUAUUUUACAACCAACCAACACUAAUAAGAGAGACUCUCAGAAAAGAGAUAUAUCUGACAUCAAAGAAGUUAGAAUCAUUGAACCUCCUUCGACACCGGGUAGAGGCUCACCCAAUAAGUUUGAUCCUAAAUUCCAAUCUUCAGCCACUAAACUAUUUAUGAUGACCCCCAAUAGAAACCCUAGAACUGAUAAUAAUCUCAACAAUGGGGAGAAUGAUAUAGGAGCAGAUUUAUUGAUGUAUUUAGCUGCAAGUCCCUAUACGGGCACUAUUAGAAGUCCUGCCAAAGGGGCUUUAGCCACAGGUGCUAUUGUUAGUAACCAUGGCGGUCUAAGUUCUGCACCUAUGACGAAAGUUCCUUCUACACCUUCUUCAUCACUAAUCUAUCGCCAAAUGAUGACAGACUUGCAUGAUCCUUUACAACUUGAAGAACAGGAUCAACCAAUUAGAUUAUCACAUAUUAAAACUUCAAUAUCAUCCCCCAAUGUAAACCUUACAAAUAGUUUUCCGGGUGCUAAUACUACAUUUUCUCAAAACGUGGGCUUAGGAGAUGUUUUACUAGAUUCUCCAACUUUAUUUUCAGCAGCAACUCCUUCAAACCAAAAGAAAAAGUCAAAUGCAAUUCAUGGUAAUUCAACACUAUUAUCCUUUGCUCCUACGACGCCUUCUCGUGAACUGAGGUCAUCAGGAGCUACCGCAAAUCUUCUCAAGACUCCUAAUUUUAACAUGGGGGAUUAUAUUCACAAUUUAUUCAGUCCUUCACCGAAUGUUAAUAGCCUCACAUUUGGUGGAAUGCUUCAGCACACCACACUUAAUAGAGCAAAGAGUCCUGUAGGGAACAUGAGUUGUCCAACUUCACUCCCUGGUGAUACUGCUCGUUUCGAAUUGAAACACUCAUCUACUAAUACCAAUGGUAAAUAA